GUGAUUCAGCAGGCUGUGGGAGGAGUGGUACUGUUCUGAGCUCAGCAGUCAGACUCCCUUGAAACCAAAGGUGCCCGACGUGUGGGAUCGCUGAUGGAGUCUUGUAUGCAUGCACCAGGAGUUCGACUCACCGCAAUGACGGUGUGCAUAUUUGUGUGACGAUAAAAGAAAGAAAGAAAAGAGCCCGACGUGUGUUGGCGACACGCAGGAGCAGGGUCUGCCUUUCCGAGAGUCGUUUUGUUUUGCUCUUUGGGAGACAACAACGCAGAUUGGAAGAGGAACUUUUCUCAAGCAGAGGCGUGGUUUCCAUUUGGCUCCGCUGAGGACACAAUGCAGGCGUGUGCACGUAUGGCUGCACCCUCGUGGGAUUCGUCAGCAGACAAAAUUUGGAACUAUCCCAGCACGCAGAACCCGCAUCAGUACCAGACACACGGUGGUGCCGAUUGGUCAACGACAUUCUCCAGUCAAGACGGCAGAUGCUACCAGAACGCCUCGCAUGUCCCCCACACCGGCUUCUCGAACCAGCAAUCGUCUGGGUGGAGCCCAGGAGCCAGUUCCUGCCCCCGAAGAGACGUUACAGCCUACCAGAAUCCCUCAUCGGCAUUACAGGCCUUAUUCGGAAUGGUCCGUGGCCACAGCGUUGUACCCGAGCAGUUCUGUCAGAAUCCGUCAUCCUAUCCGCACAACGGCACACUCCCAACAAGUUUCCCUGGCCCCAACAGCAAUCAGACGCCUUGGCCGCAGCCGGACGCCAGGUCCACUUUACAGAACCCUUGGGAGAUUCACCCCAGAAGGUUUGUUCAAGACGAUACGCAAUGGUACAUAAGACAUAGUGCUCAAGCCGUAGAGACCCAAGCAAAGAUGGCGGAGAGGACGUCAUUGGGCAAGCACGCGCAAUGCGCUCCGUAUUCAUCACCUCACACAAUGCAGACACCAAAACCGCAACCGGUGCAAGUGUUGCGUGUUCCCAGAGAGUCGUCGCAGUCGAGCAAGCCUCACAGGAAUCGCAAGACGCCACCAAAUCCCAAAGCACUCAAACGCCUCAAGACCGCCCGGUCGUCACGGAGUCUCUCAACUCGGCCAACGGUCGAUAGCGUGCGACCUGUGCGAGAUGGAAGCCCGCAGCUGGCUGGCCAAAUUCCUUCUGGCUUGAGUUGCAAUGACCAGACAGCAAGUCCAGUGAGGGAACAGCAGGACCAUCGUGCACCACCACAGUUGCAACCAGAAGAGCCUGAGGGUCGUGAAGAGAGGCCGCUCCUGCAGUCUCUGGCAACACGCAAGUGGACUUGUGAAGAUUUAGACAGACUUGUCCGGUACAUGGAUCAAGACUCGGAGAAGUCGCCUGAAUGUCCAGUCCGCCCAGGUUCUGAUGAUAUAAUCGCCACGUUCUGGAAAGAUAAAAAAAUACUGGUGGACAAGAUCCGCGCAGGCUUUUACUAUAAGAUUAUGGCAGAGACGUUCACUUUCUCCCGUGAGCAUGUGACCUCAGACUCUGUGGUGCUGUCGGAGCCCAAGUGCGACUCCAACCUCAGCGGCUUCCGGGUGCUGCGAGACGGUGAGGUCUACUCCGAACCGCCGUACUCUUCGUUCUGGUGCAACGUCAACCCGCAGCCCCAUGACUUGUUGGAUCACGCACCAGUUGCAAGUCAACCUUUGUCAUCUGCACCCGAGACCGCGGCGGCUCAGUCACCAGAGGGCGAACAAGAGCCGCUGGAACCAAAAGAAGAUGAGAAAACACAACAGGCCCGAGUGCUGGACUCUCCCGGUGAAGAUUCCGACGUCUACUCGUUCGUCAUUGAGGUUUUGCCCCAGGAACAGGCCAAAGCGAUCUACGAGAGUAUCAACCACGCAGAGGAGACUCCCGCCAAGGGGGACCCCCAAGGCUCAGCCAAGACUGCUACGAGCGCCGACAAAGGGGAGAAGGAUCUGUUUGAGUCAGAGUUGGAGUCUUUCUUUGAACAGUGGAAAGAUAUCCUCUCCGAAGUCAAAUUUUCCCCAAAACAAGAGAGGGCGCAGAAUGAGACGCUAGCGGACACGAGAUGGCAAAAUCUUGACUUCUCCGUCCUCGGCGUGGAUGCAGAUGAUCGCUCCCUGGAUUCCAAUCAGUCCCACAAUGCUUCUCCACUGAUAGAGCAGAAGGACCAUCAAGAAACGGGAAAGUUUGGCACACAAAAUGACCACGCGUGGGAAAAGCUUGAUGACCGAGAGAUGUCAAGCCAGCAAGAUGAGCGAGAAUUGGCUCACAUCUCCCAACAAGAUGAGCAAGAGACGGGAAAGUUCUCCCAACAAGAUGAGCCAGAGACGGGAAAGGUCUCCCAACAAGAUGAGCCAGAGACGGGAACCGUCCCCCAAGGAACAGACACCCAAUCAGAUAAGCAAGUGACAGGAAAGGUCUCACAACAAAGACAAGAAGAGAAAGGAACGGCCACCCAACCAGAUGAGCAAGAGACGGUGGGAAAGGUCUCGCAACAAAAACAUGAAGAGACGGCAACAACCACCCAACAGACGACAAAGGUCUCACCCAAAGACAAUGUCCGAGAAAGGACAAAUGUCUCAGUUUUACCAUCUAAAGUUUCUUGUCCACCCCACGGUCAUCGUAGUCGUGGCGCUAAAGUGUACCGAGGAGAGAGGACGCUCUGCCUUGCCGGUAAACGUGUGGCGGCUGCAAAGAAAAAACGCAAGAAAAGCAAGCAGUCCGUCAUCAGUGUCGCCUUCAUGAAGAAGCUGAAGAUCCACCUUGUCCGCCGGGAUGUCAGCAAACACAGCAAAGAAGCUGCGACCGCCAAGCUGGUCCUCUUUGGCUCGGCCGGACGUGGGCGCAGCUGCGCUCUGGACCGUCGCGCACCCGAGGUUCUAAGCGUCAGCGCUAAAAGCCGGAGUUCCGCCAAACAGAGGAUCUACGAGGCUUGGUGUCUGCCCCCCGUCAAGAUCGACGGCAAAAGCAAAGUCCAAUCUCGGCACAAGUCCUUUGCGGACGUGGCCGGAAAAGACCCCCCUUUGCCCACCUUGGCCUUCAGGAAAGCCCACGGCAGGAUGUCUGUCUUUGACCCGCAACACAAGCUCCAGGCUAGACGGACCCACUGCUGAUGGGAUGCUGAAGAGCGGCGCUGAGCGUCACUGCGGUAUACUCGAGUGGGCGAGAGAAAGACCAUCCCGGGAACGCCGCCUUGGCUCGGUUGCCAGGGGAACGUUCGCCGAGACAACGGCAGCCAUCCUGGCGACGGGUAAACUUUUGAUUUCAACCGUCAUGACGGCGACUUGCAGGCUCAAGUUGACACGAGAGGUGAUCUUCCCGCUUUUGGCGUUGACUGUGAAGCACAUCUGGGGACCUUGCAAGCUUCUUGGGUUUUUUUUGCACCACCUGAGCUCAUGUCUGUAUGUACAGAAUUGUUUUUCUUUGUAUUUCUUCCAGUAAAAACAUCACAAAUACAGUUUGGGAAAAUCCUUUCUGCCAUUUUUUUUCUAAAUAUGCAACAUUUAUUCAUUAGUCAUUUAUUCCUCGCAGCGCUUCUCCUGCCGACUGGGUUCCCUCCCAGCUGCCGUCGGCCAUUGAGUGACCUCGACAGAGCCAAACAACGUCUGAGGCCUCCCUUGGGAAGGACUCCUCGAGCCUCUGGCCCAUUUGUUCAUGUGACAGAUGACUCCAGUCAUGUUCGCCGACAACCAGAUGGGCUUCUUCUUGGUUUAGUUUGGUUAAAUUUAUUGAACAUACAAACAUAACAUAAAAUGUUUAUAUUCAUGGGAAAUGAGAAUGUGUGGUAAAUUUUUAUUCUGGUAUCAUGCAAUGUAUAUCUCACUAGUAAGCCUAAGUGUGACCGGGUCAUGUUCGGGUCAGUUUCGUGCAGGAUUGUUUGGGGCUUGGUCCAGGAACGUAGACUCAUUGGCACCAGACACAUCUGGUUUCCAUUUGCAACUGACAAGAUAUAUACCGUGUAGAGUUGGGGAGGCUGAGUGGGGGGUCAUAGAUCAUCCAACAGCACCCGAGUGAAGGGGGGGGGGGGUAUAAAUUUUAGGGCGAGCGUUAUCAUUAUUAUUAUCAUGCGUUCUCGAACCAAUGCUUUUAUUGCAAAACGUGCUUGUUGUUUUGGCCUUGCUGUUCUCCUAAUGUGCAACAGAAAGAAGAAGGACACGACUGGGUCAGGCAGGAUGCGCUUGACAACUCAGCAAAAAGCCACCUGUUGAGUCCUGAGGCACUUCACCAAAAAAGGAUGUUCUAAUCGCUGUCUCCCACUACCGCUGGAACUGCCUGCAUUCCUCACCAUUAAUAAACCUGACAGGGGACUCGAAAUCUUGGCUAGGGCGCGAAACACUUCUCUCUGGUCGCAUGCUGGGUGGUAAGGAAAUGUGCAGGCAACUGCACAAAGUUGUUUUCUUCGAAGUGUUGUGCAACAGGAUGUAUCAUCGGCCCAGACAGGGAGGACACCUGACAAGAACACCUCAAGGUCGGUGAGGAACGAGAAUAACACCCCAUCCUGGUGGUCAGGCCCAACCGCCAGACACCUGAGGCCGGACAGCUGCACUCAGCGAUAACACUCAGACGGGGAGGAGACGGCCAUCGACCAAUCAUCACCCAAUGUUUUGCAUGUUUGGAUAUUCAUAUUGGAGUCAGAUUAAUAACUAAAAUCCGUAGCCUAACACUUACAACAAUCUCAGUACACUAAGUAUCUGUAUGCACUCCUGCUCCUUUUAUUAGGAUUUGCCCUACCCACAAUGUGAGACACAAGGCCUAAGGGAGGAGGAUCGCAUGCAAGGAAAUGCGAUGCAUGCAGGCAGUUCCAGCGGCAACGCGAGACGGCGGUUAGAACAUCUUGUUCUGAGGAAAUGCCUCACGACUCAGCAGAUGGCUUUUUGCCGAGUUGUCAAGGGCAUCCUGCUCGAUCCAGUCGUGACCAUUUUCUUCACUUGCACAACAUAAAAACAACAAGGCCAAAACAACAAGCAUGUAUUGCAGUAAAAGCAUUGGUUCGAGAACGCAUGAUAAUGUAUUUACAUUUUUCCAACAGGGUUGACAAAUUAUUUUGAUCGUAUGAUUAUGUUAGAAUGUUGACUAGAAUCGUUAACUUUGUUAAAACUUUCCACCUUACCUUAACUUUGCACAUUCAGUUGUUGAAACCUUCCAAAUGAUGUGGUAACAUUCUUGGUUAGUUAGUUAUCUAAAAAUGGCCCUCUAGUAUCUGUUUACACAAUUUAGAUAAGCACCUCUACAGCACACAAGGUGAUGAUGGCUUUCCCCGCUUGCAAGCAUAAAAUGGGCAAACUGUCUCAUGUGUGGUUCUUGCAUAAAAGGUAGAGUGAGCAAAUUCUAGCAUGGAGCAUUUGUGUGUGCGCUGUUGUGUGAAAAGUAAAAAAGAAAAAAAAGAAUAUCAAAUAAUUUCCCAUUUACUUGAGUACAGGGGGUCCAUCGGUUUACGACGUUGAUCCGUUCCAACGCUGCGUCGUAAAACCGAAUUUCAGUGUAAGUCGGAACACUCCAAAACGGCGUAUACCGGACUAGUUGGCUAGCGAAACAGGUGGUUUGCCUCGGCGGACGUUUGAGCGGGACAACAAAUGGUAAAUGUUCAAAACUGUUUAAUUGGAAGUGUUUCAACUGGAGUAAAGAGACAUAACUUUCUUUUCAUGGCGACAGAGCAAGAAAAUGUUUGCAGACUUCAUCUACAAGUCAAGCUUUGCUCACCUAACAUGAACCCGGCCUAGUGCAUCACCAUGGGUGGACACUAGGGGGAGACAUUGCUCCGAUUGAGAAUGACACCAAGAACCACGCAGUACUCGUUGAAGCAAGUCGAUUUUCAUCCAUACAAUGACAACCAAAAGUGACGUUAUAUUGUGCAAAGAUUUUUUAUUUGGUAUAAUGUGCACAGAACACCAAAAGUGACGUUUUAUAUUAUGUAGAAAUACAUUUUCAAACAAGUAAACCACCAAAAAUCAAUGUUAUCAUCCUUGUAUGAUUGGAGGAAAAAAAAAACGCUUGUAGCGUGUAUUAACAAAAGGUGCUCCAAAGUAGCAAAGCAUAACUUGCAAUCAUCAUUUUAAUGGGCCUUUCACAUAACUGCUCUCUUCCUCAAAGGUGGUUUACUUGGCGUCAUCUUCCUCUCCUCCACAUGCGGCCAUUUUCCUGUGAUGCCGGUCGGGCUCUACUUCCUAUGAUGUUCUUGUAAUGCUGGUCACGGGAGUCCUCGUUCUCUAAGUAUUAUCUGUUUGAUGGAAUCCAUUGCUGUCAUUUUUUGUUCAUGUAGUGCUGGUCCGCUUCUUGAUGGUGAUCUAUGUCCUGCAGUCCUGGUCUACUUCAUGUUAUUAGCCCGUAAAUGCGCUCUACUUCCUGUCAUUUUCCCGUCACGGCGGUCGUCUCUCUGUCACGGGUAUCUAAUUCCCGUAAUCUUCUUCUAGCUCGGCUUUUCUGGCGGCGUAGGCCUUCUCGGCCGGCCCCUCCUUCUCUGCCGGCCCCUCCUUUUCUGUCUCUGCCACGACUCGGGUGUCAGCAGGCUCAGGUUGGGGCUGCGGCACGGCGGCCACCUCGACCUCGGCAUCGGCCCCCUCUUGGCCCUCGGCCACGGCUCGUUCCUUCUUGAUCUUGAUUUUGAAGGUCUCUUUGUUGGGCGCCUUUUUGGCGAUGUUCUCCUUGAAGCGCUCGCCGCUCUGCUUGAUCCGCUCGCCCGCCUGAUGCAUCUUCUCGCGGCGCUCGGGCGGCAUGACCUUUUCGCCAAGGUUGUGAAUCUUGGUGCCGAGGUUGUCUUUGGUCUUGCUCAUGUUUUCCUUGGAAAAAGCCGCCUUCAGGGUCUCGGUGCUCUUCACCAUGGACUUUUUGAAUCGCGCCGCCCGGGAGGGGUCGGCCUCCUCGGCGCUCAGGCACUCCUCAUCCGAGGAGAGGUCAGCGGGGAUGUCGUAAGAAUCGGGCUCCAGCUCCAGAGCCUCCGGUCCUUCCUUGGGGCUCUUGGUGACGGCCACCGACGGGACCUCGGUGUCGCCCUGAGGAAAGCACAAGCAAGGAGAGAAUUCCAAAGCAGUUGAAAUUUUUGCUGUCUCUGGGAAGCAUAACGACGCAUAAACGUAGCCUCGGAACGCUAACGGCUAGCCGAACGCUGCCAGUGAACAUUGCUAUCCACGCUGAGGAUGGACAAAGGAUGAAGCUCUCGGCGCUUUGGCGUCACCCGGUGUUGAGCGGGCACAUCGCAGUUUGCCCAACAUCUCCUGUGCUGUCGACGGCAGGUGGUUGUUCCCUGGGGCCGGCCGGGCUGGCGAGAGGCUCAGAAUAGGACCCUCUGUCAAAGGUCGCCAGCAGCAGCUGCCGGCUGAGCUCCGGUUACGCUCGACCAAAGCACGAGCAAUGAAAGGAAAAGGAACCGUUGGAAGAAGCCCUCUUUCAGGACUCAUAUUCGCUUUUGUUUUGAAAUCCUGCUUGCAACCAAACCCCCAAAAAGGAAAGUUAGGUAUAGAAGAUAAGGAACAAGAGCAAAUGGGGUUUAAAGAAGAGGAGGAUGCCAUGCAAGUAGUGUGGGGUGAGCAAAGGAGGCAAGAUGUUCAAGAGCAAGGUUUGAGGAGGAGGAAGCGAGAUGGAGAGAGCUUGUUGAAGAUGAAGCAAGGUCUAGACAAGAGCUAUGUGGAGAAGAAGAUGCAAAUGAUAAUUAGCAUGACUCCUACCUGGUAGAUGACCACUCGGAACUUGUUCCUGGUGAGCAGCUCGUCCUGGGUGCUCUCCACCUUCUUGACACGACCGUUUUGCUUCUCUACGCGGGCUCGCACAUCCUUGACGUUGGCGCUGACUUUGCGCGUCUUCUGCAGCAGUUUAUCCAGGCAGCCCCCAGUGUCGGCGUGCUCCUUGGCCAACUUGAGCACGUCGCCCUGGAUGCCGCGAAUGUUGUUCUCCAGGUCCAGCUGACGCUCUUCCAUCCGCUGCUGGCCCGACUGCACGUUGUCUAUGAUUCCGGCCACCCGCUCCAGCAGAGACAAGAUGCUCAGGGCGCUGAUGGGCUUCCCUUCCUCGUCCUCCAUCCCCACAAUCUCUAGCUUCUCCUGAGCGCUGUACUUGUGCUGCUCCAUUUCCUCCAGAGAUUUCGGCUUUGGGCUAGUAGCUGUCUUUGGGGUCCAAGGUCCUGGCUGUGGAAAGAAGCCGAUGGUUAUGGGACAGUAGGUUCUGUUUUUCUUGAAGACGCCAGGUCUGGGACCAAGAAGACUCCAGCGUUGGCUUUUGGAAUGAAUGCUCCAACUAUAGGGAAGAAGGUUCCGGCAAAACUUGGGCAAAAUGUUCACUGGCUCUGUGGUACAAGGUUCUCUCUACAGGGAACAAUUCUCUGGCUUCCAGAAGAUCCAAGCACAGUGACCCGCUGGGGCGACCGGUCGCAGGAAAGAGGGGAGACUCCCCCCACCCUCCCCCUGGUUAAAAAAGGCAACGUGAUCCCGCUCCCAUCCCGCAGUGAGGUCGGUCGCUAAAAAUAAAAGUCCAGCAAUGAGACAGACAAGUUUGAAAAUUAUGGAGCUCCAAGUCCUGCUGGGAUUGGUCUCCCUUUCCCCCCCACUAUUUGAUGGUGUAAGAAAAGCCCACUGUUGAGCAACAUUUACGUCAACGCUUUGGCUUGAACCGCCACCCCACCCCACUCAGUAGAACCCCCAAGACGGACUGGCUGGUUUAUUUUGGGAAGACUUGCGCUCUGAACGGAUCUCUUUGGUGCUUUGACUCGUGGGGAAUGUGACUGGUCGCCCGUCACAAAUGACUUGCGUGACACCUGAAAGCCAAAAUCUCUAUUCAGUUUUUUUAUUUUUUAAGAGCAACAACUUUCAAGUAACUACUACUUCCUAUUUGGUGCAAAACACAAACUUAGCAACAUGAAACAACUGUAGAACAACUGCGUGCACUCACACACACAUGCUAUUAAGUCUAUAUUUACAGCGGUAGUCGUCCCCCACUCCUAAAAUUAAAAAAAAAAAACUCUCUCAUUUCACAGGCGGGCAAAUGAAGCUUUGGCGUGAAAACAAACGUGAAGCCAUUUGUGUGAACAAGUUUUUAUUAAAAGUUUACAUGCAAGUCAACACGUUCAAAUCACGUUAAGACGACCAAUCACUACAAGACAAACGUUGACGGAGAGACGGAGGGAGGGGGCCGCCAUCGGGGGGGGGGGGGGUUGAGGUGCAGGCCGGUGAGGAUUAGCAAAACAAAGUGACGAAUGUGAGACAGGUUUUCCAACUCAUAACCUCCUCAGUGACCCCGCCCGCUUAGCGCCAGUUGGCUGCUACAUUCUAUGCUAAUGAACACAGCACAACAUCACGAUAACAAUCGUUUCUUUUCCAACCAUAUAUGAAUAUCUUGUUGUUCGGACUCUAACAAAUGUUUUGUGAUUGUCGCUGUGGCUCUCCUAAAACAAAAAGAAAUCCCAAAACAUUUAUGCUGUCAAAUAAGCGCAAAAGGAAUACGAAGUACAGGGAGGCGCUAAUGCCCUGGGACUAAAGUGUGUGUUCGGGCGUGUGCAUUUGUCUUUGUGUGUGUGCCAGUGGUUCUCAAACUGGGAUCCCCCUAAACUAGAAUGCCAGCGAGCUGGAAUGUGAGGGCUCUGCAAAACAAUGUUUUGUCUCCAGCUAUUAAAGUAUGUCUUUGACAUUACUAUCCUAA